GAUGAAACGGAGAAUAGAAGAAGGAAAAAUGGCUCUUAAAACAUGGAAGAAUAUGGUGAAGUUCCCUCACCUGGCAAGUCUCGUCCUCCUGGCCUUACUCGCUGUUGCUAUUCAUCUAACACGCAACAAAGGGAACGACGCAGUCCAGCUAGAAAACCAAGUCUUGCUCAAAGAAGACAGUAGUAAGAAUGAUUCAGCUCCAGGAUGCAACUUGUUUUCAGGCAGAUGGGUAUACGACAACGUGUCGUACCCUCUUUACAAGGAGAGACAAUGUUCUUUCAUGGAGUAUGAUUUUGCUUGUGAGAUAUCUGGGAGACAGGACCUAAAGUACCAAAACUGGAGAUGGCAACCUCAUCUUUGUGACCUUCCCAGGUUUAAUGGGACGGCGUUGUUGGAGAAAAUAAGGGGGAAAAAGCUUGUGUUCGUGGGAGAUUCCUUGAAUAGAAACCAAUGGAGAUCGAUGCUUUGCCUGAUUGAAUCAUAUCUUCCUCCAUCAUCAAAGAAAUCAGUGAAAUUGACCGGCAACUUGUACUCCUUUCACUCCACUGAAUAUAAUGCGACAAUCGGGUUUUAUUGGGCGCCAAUGCUCGUGGAAUCGAACUGUGAUGACGCAGUGACCCACCGCGUGCGGCCUCGUAUUGUUCGAAUUAAGUCAAUAGAAACCCACGGCAGGCAUUGGAUUGAUGCAGAUGUACUGGUGUUUGACUCCUUUACUUGGUGGAUGGAUCCGAUGAUGACAAUCUUGUGGGGAUCAUUUGAGAGCCCUGAUGCAAUAUACAAAAAAGUCGAAAUGAAGCUGCGUCGGUAUGAAAUUGCAUUAAGCACUUGGUCAGAUUGGCUGGAAAUUCACAUCAAUCGAACCAAAACCAAGUUGUUCUUCAUGAGCCUCUCACCUUAUCCUUUAGGAAAUACAGUAUGGAGCACGGACGACAGCUGCCACAACAAAAGUGAGCCAAUCUUGGACGACAGGUACUGGGCAAGUGCUGCAAACCGCAGCAUGAUGCAAAUAGUGGAAUCAACGAUAGAGAAGCUGGAGGAAAGAGGGUUGAAAGUAGAAUAUCUCAACAUAACGCAGCUGUCGGGUUACAGGGAAGAUGCCCAUCCAUCCAUCUUUAGAACCUUUUGGGGUACACUAACCAAUGAGGAAGUUAAAAACAACGUCCAAAGAUAUGCGGAUUGUAUGCAUUGGUGUCUUCCAGGAGUGCCUGAUGUUUGGAAUCAGAUCCUUUAUGCCUAUAUUAUGAGAUCCUGAUACCUUUAUAUAUGCAUAUGAAUAUGAUUGUUUCUGCUUCCGCAGCCUGCUUUGAUUAGGCCUCAAUAGUUCUGCAUCUGUACACGAGAAGUUGUUGAAAUGGAAAAAUUGACCUUCUCUUUA